UUGAUCCAAAAUAUGCGCACAACGAGUCGAUUGCUGAGUUAUUCCUGUUUUCGGUUUCUUCACGUGAGGGGGCGCGUUCCAUACGGUUCAUCUGAGGAUGAGAUUAACCGUGUGCUCAGCUUUCAGCACAGUUUACCAGCACAUAUAUAAUGGGCUUCGAAAUAUGGUAUGAUCAUCGGCUUCCAGUACUGUUCAAUCAUGUUUCCAGCUGCAUCCCUGUUGACGACUCUCCUCCUGGCCUUGUCCAUCGCGGCAUCGCCUGUUGAAAUUCGCAGCUCCCCCAUCACCCUCCCCAUCGCCAGGAGGCUAAACACCUCUGGUGGUACCAUCAACCUCUUGCAGCACGAUCAGUCUCGCGCGGCCGCCCUCAAAAAUGUCGGGGAAAAACACCCUCAGCCGUCGUACUGCUACAUCGCAGCAGUUGGCGUUGGCAGCCCCGCCACAACCUACUACUUGAUUGUCGACACCGGUAGCUCGAACACAUGGACCAGCACCAGUGUUGACACUGGCGAGGCUGUAGCGGUCACCUACGGUUCUGGCUCCUUCUCUGGAACUGAGUACACCGACACCGUCACUCUCGGUGAUGGGCUCACCAUCACGCCCAGUCGAUUGGUGUUUGCUGCUACUUCGGAGGGCUUCACCGGUGUUGACGGUAUCCUUGGCAUCGGGCCCCUAGACUUGACAGAGGGAACCUUGACAAAAGAACCAGACACGACGAUCCCGACUGUCACUGACAACUUUGUCGGUGUCUCUUUCGAGCCCACCACUUCGGAGUCAGACGCAAAUGGAGAGCUUACCUUCGGUGGAACUGACGCUACCAAGUACACUGGCGACAUUGCAUACACUCCUCUCACCACCACCUACCCUGCAUCCUACUACUGGGGUAUCAACGAGAGCAUCACUUACGGCACCACGACCAUCUUGGCUGAGACGGCUGGUAUCGUUGACACUGGCACCACCCUCAUUCUCAUUGCUACCAACGCCUACAGCGAGUACCAGUCUGCAACUGGCGCUACUGAGGACAAUGCGACUGGUCUUCUCCGCCUUACUACCGCCAAGUAUGAUGACCUCGAGGACCUGAACUUCAAUGUUGGCAGCAGCACCUACGCUCUCACCCCUAACGGUCAGAUCUGGCCUCGUGCCCUUAACACCUACAUUGGUGGUAGCUCCGAUUACGUCUACCUCAUUGUCAACUCCAUUGGCACUCCAAGUGGUGAAGGUCUCGACUUCAUCAACGGCUACACUUUCCUUGAACGCUUCUACUCCGUGUUCGAUACCACCAACUCCCAAGUACGCGUAUAUGCGAUCGCCGGGUUCUUGCAUUCUUUGCGAGUGCGAUGGAGAGAACGCAAAAAUCGCAACGACCUACCGGCCACGGCUGUUGCCAGCUUGUUAAAUGCAGUUAAACGUGCUUUCGUUUUGAGCCGUCACCUUAAAAUCCAAGACAAGCUUGCCAUUGGGUCCCUCUACCAGGGCAAAAUUGCCCGCGUGGGCAAGCCAGCAGGCUUCGGUCAAUUAAGAAUGACCGGACAUGGUGAGGGCGUGGCGGAGGGAUAA